CUUAAAAUGGCCGCCUGACCCUGCGCUUCGCUGCUCAUUUCUCCUGUUAGUGCAAGAGCCAGCCUGCGGCGGUCUAAAAUCAUUUAUAUUACUGCGAGGCUCCGUCCCGAUCCUCAGCCUUCCCCACCCCAUCCAUUGCAGUGGUCCUGCCUGACGACCACAUCUGUAAGGAUCGACUUUUUGAGGACCACCAUCUUCAAUUCACCCUCUGCGCCAUGGCCGCUCCCGUAGAGAAGGGUGAGCCCUCCCAUGAGGUCCACACUCCCGACCACUCGCUCCAGGAUCACCCGACGGACACCUUCGAGCUUCCCAAUUCCUGGAAGUACAAGCACAUUAGGAUUUUGGGUUUCACCUUGCCUUGGUAUGCCUCGCCACCAGUGCAGCUGGUAAUUGUUGCGUUCGUCUGCUUCUUGUGCCCGGGUAUGUUCAAUGCCCUCAAUGGCAUGGGUGGUGGAGGCCAGAUGGAUCAUAGCGCAAAUAACAAGGCCAACACCGCGCUUUAUUCAACUUUCGCCGUGGUUGGAUUCUUCGCUGGUACCUUCACAAACAAGCUUGGAAUCCGGACAGCCCUUUCGUUUGGUGGCUGCGGUUACUCUAUUUAUGUGGCCUCAUAUCUCAGCUACAACCAUACCAAGAACUUGGGAUUUUCUAUUUUUGCCGGUGCUCUUCUCGGCGUGUGCGCUGGUAUCUUGUGGUGUGCCCAGGGUGCUAUUAUGAUGUCCUACCCCCCAGAGGCCUCAAAGGGUCGCUACAUCUCGUGGUUCUGGAUGAUCUUCAAUUUGGGCGCUGUUAUUGGCAGCCUGAUUCCCCUUGGACAAAACAUUCAUACGACUACUGACGGGACUGUCAAUGACGGCACCUAUAUCGGCUUCCUGAUUCUGACGCUCAUUGGAGCUGGGCUCUCGUGGUGCCUAGUGGACGCUAAGAACGUUAUCCGACACGAUGGUUCUAAAAUCAUUGUCAUGAAGCACCCAUCUUGGAAAUCCGAGAUCUGGGGCCUCUGGGAGACGAUCCAAACAGACCCCUACAUUAUUGCUCUUUUCCCAAUGUUCUUCGCCUCUAAUUGGUUCUAUACCUACCACUUCUCUGAGGUCAACGCUGGCUACUUCAAUGUUCGCACUCGAGCCCUGAACGGCGUAAUUUACUAUAUCAUGCAGAUUGUUGGCGCUUACGUAUUCGGAUUUGCUCUUGACUCUAAGGGUUUCCGCCGAACAACUCGUGCCAAGGCUGCAUGGGUUGCGCUCUUCUGCUUUAUCAUGGUGAUCUGGGGUGGCGGUUACAAGUUCCAGACGACCUACAACCGUACAAUGGCGCUGGACAAGACUCGACCAAAGAAAGACUGGUCUGACCCGGGCUUUGGUGGCCCCUUCGUUCUCUAUAUGUUCUAUGGUUUCUCGGAUGCUGCUUGGCAAACUUGCGUCUACUGGUUCAUGGGCUCUUUGACCAACAAUGGAAGGAAACUUGCCAACUUCGCCGGGUUUUACAAGGGAAUUCAGUCCGCUGGUGGUGCGAUUACUUGGCGAUUGGACGACAUCGGCAUCCCGUACAUGAACAUGUUUGCGUCCAAUUGGGCCCUGCUUGCCGGAAGUCUCGUCAUUGCUCUUCCGGUCAUUCUCUGGAAGGUUGAAGACACAGUAUCUUUGGAGAAGGAUAUUGCCUUCACUGACGAGACGGUCGAGGAGGUCGCCCCCAAGGUACUCGUCCAAGCUGCGGGCGGCCACCUCAACGAGAAGGUCUAGCUGAGUUAGCGGCGGCUGUAUCACGUGACAACAAUUUCCUUGACAUAGUGGAGGAGUUUGAAUGAAUGCUGUGGAUUUGUGGAUUGUUGGAUUGUCUGCUUAGCGGUACAUGUUGUUUCUAAUACUUAUCGGCCGAUCUUUUGGCUGAACUAUUCCUGUAAAUUUCUAUUCAGCAGUUCAUGGAGUCCGCCAGACAGUAACGGCCUCCGACAUGUUCAUGUUCCCAUUCUUAAUUUCCAGCGUAAGCACAUGGAUCCGGAGUGCCCGGGGUCUGGUGUUCCUUGCGUAUUGCGGCAUUCGUAC